UUAACUAGUAAAGAAAAUGUGAUAAGAGUAAAUAUUUUUUUUUUAAUUUAUAAGUAAACCAUAUAUACGUAUUUAAAAAUUCCUAUAAGUGAAUAACUUAUCGUGUUCUUUUUUUCAUUAAAAUUAUUUUUUUUCGCGCAAUUAUCCGCUGUAUUUUAAUCGAAAAAAAUAAGAUAAUAUAAGCAUACAAUGCUCAUUUAGGAAUGGAAAUUACAAACAUAAAAUCACAUGUUGAUGGAUUGAAUUUUAUACCUGUUACGAUAUUGUUGUUUAAUUUAAAACAAAAAUGGAGAUGAAGUUACCUGAACAAGUGCAUCAAGUCUGCAGAUUAUGUGGACAAUUCGAAAGUAUAUAUAUUGAUAUUUUUGGCGAGGAAGGUACUAGAAGGUUGCUUGGAUUAAAAAUACAUAAUAAAAUAAAUAUUGUGAUACAUGAGACGGAUCCUCUGCCAAAGACUAUAUGCGUUCAAUGUCUGGGUAAACUUGAAUUCGUUUGUGACUUUCAAGAGGAAUGUCUACGUACCCAACAGCUGUUACGCGAUCAGUAUGAUGUACCUUCUAUACAAGACAUCGAGGAAAAAGUAACGGUGGAAGAUGUAAAUGCAGCAGAGUCAAUAGUGAUCCCAGAACCACCUAGUACGUCGACCAACAAUAUUAGUACUGACAAAAAUCAUAAUUCAACAGCAGACAUAGAAAAUGUUGAUCCAACGCGAGAAGAAAAUUUCAAAGAUGUUAUUGAGCCAACUGAAAUCACAACAAAACCGAAAAGAACACGAACUUCACCGCAAACACGGUCUAAAAAUAGCGAUAAAGAUACGAAUGAAGAUGUUGUCGAUGAAACACCUAAUCGAAGAUGGUUGAGGAGUCGUAAUAUAACUGAAUCUCGAAUAAAAACGAGAAAAAAGUCGAAAUCAAAAAAUAUCUCACUCAAAAAAGUUUCUUCGAGGACAAAAUCAACCUUAAAAGAAGGAGUAUCAAUAGUAACUCGAUUACGAAGUCAAAAUCAAAAUCAGAACCGAGUUAAUUCAAACUCUGAGGCUAUUAGUGAAAAGACGAGUAGUAAUUCCAGUGCUUCAAAAUCACAAGAAAAAGUUACUGAUGAAAAUGGAAUGAUCCAGAUACCAACUUCAGCAUUAAAUAAAGUCUUAACUGCUGUAUCAUCUUCGCCAGAAGUUGAAGUUUCUGUUAAAGAAUCAAGUAAUCGUAAUGGUGAUAUCGAAGAUAUUAGUUUUACGUUAGAAUUGAGAAAAAAACAAGAAACAGAGUCAACUGUUACUGUAUUAGCUCGUGUCUUUCCCGAUCAAGGUUCAUGUCUUGUAGGGUCUGAAAUAAUUAAUCUAUUGGAAGAUGAAAAUAAUUCUGAGUUAAGUCAAAUUAUAAAUUCAAUUGUGAAAGGUAAAAAAAGUAAGGAUAAAGAUUUACCCUCUACGAGAACAGCUGAAUUAGAGGAAUUGGAAAAACGAUUGUCUAGUAUCAGUGACAGUGGAGGUGGCGGUAUUAUAUCAUCAAGAAAUCCUGAAGAGCUUUUUCGCAUUGAUGGUGAAGAAAUUCGCGUUGAUGACAACGUUGAAAGUACCACAGUUGACGGUCAAUCUGGAUAUUCGUGUAAAUUAUGCCGCAAAUUUUAUGAACGCCGGGAUAAAUGUACUGUACAUGUAAAAACACAUCUUGGUAUAAAACAAUAUGCUUGUACACUGUGCGUUGCUAAAUUUGUAUGUAAAUCAGACGUUAUGAAACAUAUAAGAUGUUCACAUACAAAUCCACGACCUAUGCAGUGUCCUAAAUGCCCAAAACGUUUUAGAUCAAAAUUCGAUUUGACUGAGCAUGAUAAUGUUCAUAAAGGCAUUAAACCAUACCAAUGUUCCGAUUGUGGACAGAGUUAUCAUCAUAAAGUGUCCUUACAGAUGCACGUUAAAUCACAUCUUCCACCGCAAAAUUUAGCUUGUGAAUAUUGCGGCAAAGUAUUCCCAUUCCGUACACGUUUGCUAAGUCAUAUUGGUAGUGUACAUUUGAAGAAUAGACGUAAUUUUCGAUGUCGUUUUUGUUAUAAUCUUUACUCAAGUUUAGCUGUCUUAAAUGAUCACAUUAAAACACGACACGCAACAACUUAUACAUGUGAAAUUUGUUCUAAAACAUUUAAAGUUGCGUCUAAGUAUAAAGCACAUGUAUUACAACAUUCAAAUCCCAAACCAUUUGUCUGCAAUGUUUGUAAUAAUCGUUAUGCAUCAAAAGCAUUUUUAAAUGAACAUCUGCUAAAACAUGAGGGAUUAAGGAAGCAUAUAUGUCAAAAGUGUGGAGCUAGCUUUGCUCAAGCCAGUCAUCUAGCUGCACAUCGUCAUGUACACGGUGAAAAAACCCAUGCUUGUCCUGAAUGUGGUCGAAAAUUUAAUAGACGUGAUAAUAUGAAAGUACAUAGGAAAAGACACUUUGCUGAAUCUGGAAGAAUUGUUACGACUGAUAAUAAAAAUCAAACGGGAAUAAGCGAUAAAUCAACUCCCUCGCCAGCUUCAGUUGACACUGAUUCUAACGAAAAAUAAUAAUGUCUUAUUUAUUAAUUUUUUUUUUUUAUAUUACUAUAAGAAAUUUAUAUAUAAAUAUAUAUAUUUUUUAAUCUUCCUGGUUAGUAAUUUAAGCUCUAUUUUAUACGGACUUUAGGAAGAUUGAAUUAAUAAAUAAUUGUGCAGUAGUUGAAUGCUCAAUUAUCAGUUAUAAUUAAUCACGUUUCGUCGUGUCUUCCAAAAUUAUUCAAAUACCUUUUUGACAUCUAGAAAUCUACUAUUUUGUAUACAUUUUCUGGUAAAAAAGUUUUUGAUAUAAAACAAUAUAAAAUAAUAGUUAUAAUAUGAAACACAAAAUGAAAAUUGUAUUUAACUUGAUAUAUAUUUUUAUGAAAAAAAUAAAAUGGAAAAGGUUGUUGGUUUGUACUAGACGUAUGUGUCUGAUAUAUGUAUGAAAAAACAAAAUACCUAUUUGUUAUUAAUUGUGUGAUAACAUUGAUAAAUAGUGCCUUUGUAAUUGUCAUUAAAAAGAAACGAAUAGAAUCAAUAAAGAAAAUAAUAAAAGAAAAAACAUA